AUGACUCCGGAGCCAAUCCCCCAGCCGCCAACGCACCUUUUUGGUAUGUUGGCGAACCUGCCGGAAAUUGAUCCGUCAUUCCCGCUCAGUUCUUUCUGGAGACUCAACGCUCUUUACGGGCCCAUCUUCCAACUCGACAUGAUCACCAACAAGGUCAUUGUUCUGUCCAACUAUGAGCUCGCGCACGAGACCAUGGACGAUGAAAAGUUCGAGAAAGUCAUAACGGCGGGAUUGAAGGAAUUGCGGCCUUUGAUCAAAGAUGGCCUUUUCUCAGCGUACCCGCAUGAGACCGCAAAAUUGGUGGAAGGCGCACCGAACUCUCAUGCCCAUAUUUGGUCCGAUGGGUGUUCGGAAGAUGUUCCCCGAACAACUCGACAUCGCCUCGCAGUUGAUUUUGCGCUGGCCUUUGACACGAUUGGAAUUUGUGGCUUCAACUACCGGUUCAACAACUUCUAUGCCGAGCACAUGCAUCCGUUUGCGACCCAGAUGGCCGCAGCCCUCAUUGAAAGCGGCAAACGCGCCAACCGGACACAGAUGGAGACCAGGCUGCGCAUCUGGUCCAACAAGCAACUGCAAGACAACAUCCACGAGAUGCACAAGCUAUGCGAUGACCUGGUGGCACAGCGAAAGGCGCAUCCUCAACCCGACGUCAAUGACUUGCUGAACACGAUGCUGAACGUUGCUGAUCCGGUUACCGGGGAAAAGCUUGAUGACGAGAACAUCCGUUACAACAUGGUGACGUUUCUGAUUGCCGGUCACGAGACGACCAGCGGCACGUUGUCGUAUACUUUCUACAAUCUGCUGAAAAAUCCAGAGAAACUACACAAGGCCCAGCAGGAGGUCGACUCGGUUCUCGGCGACGAGCCCAUCACGGUCAAGCAUCUGGACAAAUUCAAGUACAUCGAUGCUUGCCUCAAGGAAACGCUCCGCCUGAAUGGACCCAUUGGGAUGAUUUCACGGAGGGCCAAACACGACACGGUGAUUGGAGGCCGAUACAAGAUUCCUGCCGACCACGCCCUCCUCAUCAAUCUCAGACCCUACCACAGCGACCCAGCAGUCUGGGGUGAAGAUGCUGCAGAGUUCAAACCGGAGCGAAUGUUCCACAUGGACAAGCUUCCCAAAGACGCCUGGAAGCCAUUCGGUAUCGGCAUGAGGAGCUGCAUUGGAAGAGCUUUCGCCGAGCAGGAAAUGAUCAUCAACAUCGCUCUCAUCCUUCAGCGUUUCCAGGUCGAGAUGGCCGACCCCAGCUACACCCUUGUCAACAAGAGCACACUCACGAUCAAGCCUGACGGGUUUUUCCUCAAAGUCCGUAGACGUCCGGGCAAGAGCCCGAUGGUGGGCCUGGCCAGCUUGGCCACCUCCAAUGCCAGCAAAACGACCCAAGACGCAUCUCACGGAAGCGUUCCAGCCUCGUUUCCCAAGAAGAAGAUGACGAUCCUGUACGGCUCCAACGCGGGAACAUGCAAAGCCUUUUCCGAAGAGCUCCAGACGAACGCGCCGGGAUUCGGUUUCGAGGCCGAAGUUUUGACCCUCGACCAGGCCACUGAAAACAUUCCCAAGGAGCAGCCAGUCGUCAUCAUCACCUCCAGCUAUGAAGGCAAGCCGCCGGAAAAUGCUGCCAAGUUCUGUUCUUGGUUGAAGGACUGCUCGCCCUCGUUGACGGGUGUGCAGUACACCGUGUUCGGCGUAGGAAACAGCGAGUGGGUCUCGACGUACCAGAGAGUCCCCAAGCUCAUCGACGAGCACAUGUCCAAAAACGGUGCUCGAAGAACUGUCGACCCGUGGUGGGCUGAUGUGAAGCAGGAUUGUACGAAUGAUUGGGAGAACUGGACGGAGAAGCUCUGGAAGAGCCUCAAUGCGGAGGACGGCGGCGCUGGUGGCCAAACUCACAUGCCAUCGUUGAGAGCCGAGGUCAUCAAACACGACAUGCCCGUCAUCUUGGGCGGGAAGGAAAUGUCUUGGGCAGUGGUCAGGAGUUCUCGGUCUCUCGGAGGUGAGGAGGUUGGCCUUGAGAAGCGAGAGUUGGAAAUCGAGCUGCCACACGAGACCCACUACGAAGCUGGUGACUACUUUGUCGUCUUGCCAUCCAAUCCGCAUUCAACAGUCGCCCGGGCGCUCUCCAGAUUUGGUCUGCACCCCGAUGAUCUGAUUUCCAUUUCGGACACGCGGAAGAUGUAUCUGCAAUCCAAGGAGCCCAUCGGAGCCGAGAUGUUCUUCUCUCAUCGAGUCGAACUCAACGCACCUCCCACCCAGCGCCAACUGGCCAUCAUCAUCGCCGCAACCGAGUCCGAAGACGAGCGGCGCUCCCUCGAGUCCCUGGCAUCCGACGCCAACUACCGGACCAAAGUCGUCCUCAAGAACUACUCGAUCCUCGACAUCCUCGACGACCACCCAUCCGUCAGCCUGAGCCUGCCGUCCUACAUCGACAUGCUGAAGCCGCUGUCGCCGCGGCAGUACUCCAUCUCGUCGAGCCCGCUGGCGGCGCGGCACUUCGACGCGGACCGCAACACGUACUCGCUCUCCGUCAUCUACGACGUGCACGUCGCGCCCGCGUGGUCCGACACCCGGCGAACGUUCCACGGCGUGGCGUCGUCGUACCUGGCCUCCCUGGGCCCCGGCGACAAGAUCCACGGCUACGUGCGGCCGACCAACGUGUCGUUCCGGCUGCCGUCCGACCCGUCCACCCCAGUCAUCAUGAUCGCCUCCGGCACCGGGCUGGCGCCCAUGCGGGGCUUCGUCGAGGAGCGCGUGGCGCGGGCCGCGGCGGGCCGCGGGUCCAAGAUGGCGCCGGCGCUCCUGUACUUCGGGUGCCGCGACUACGAGAAGGAUUUCAUCUGCCGAGAGGAGCUGCUGGCUGCCGAGAAGGAUGGCGCUGUGAGCAUGCGGCCGACUUUUUCGAAGCGCGGGCCCAAGGCUGAGCGGGAGAGGAGGCGCAGAGAGGAGGCGCACGCGGCUGAGGCGGACGAGGCCGUCAGUCUGAGUCCGACUUUUGCGAAGGGCGAGUCGGUGAAGAAUGCGGGCGAGGAGUUCAAGUAUGCACAUGAACGGAUCUGGGCGGAGCGUGAAGAGUGCGCCAAGCUGUUUAGGGAGGGGGCUAAGAUUUUGCUGUGUGGGAGUGCGAGCAAGUUGGCCAAGUCGACUGCGGAUACGUUGAAGAAAAUUUGGUUGGAACACAAUGAUGGGAAGACGGAGGAGGAUGCCGAGGGGUGGCUGCAGGCGCAGAAGGAGGAUCGAUAUGUCACGGAUGUUUUUGAUUAG